CAUUCGAUUUUGGUGGAAAUUUCUUGUGUUGAUUAUUAAAGUUAAAGUCAGCAUGUAACUUUCUGCUAUUGAUCCCUUUCUAUGCUAAGUUAAAGUCAGGCUGUAACAAAACUGAUUCUGUUUGAUUAAGUUGAAGUCUCGGCUGUAACUUAAGUUAAAAAACAUGUAUGCUAAGUUAAAGUCAGCACCUAAGUUAAAAGACGUAUGCUAUGGCUGUAACUUUCAGAUUUUUGCACAUUGAAUUGGAGCCUAACCACACUCUUCAUAUUAUUUAAAUCGCAGAAACUCCUCUCUAUCAAAGUCCAUUAAGUUCUGGAAUUAAGGACAUUUCAAUUAGUACUUCCUCUUUUGUGUAUGUUGAUUUUAUGGCAGGGAAGAUGAAAGAGAAGUUUAAAAAAUAUUGGGGUGAACCUGAAAAGAUGAAUAAAAUGAUAUUCAUUGCUUCUGUAUUAGACCCUCAUAAUAAAUUUGAGUAUGUUGGUUUUGCACUUGAGGAAAUGUUCAGGAAGGAACAAGGGAAGAAAUUAACUGCCGAAGUGGAUGCUUAUUUUACCAUGUUUAUCUCUUAUCUUGUCCAAGCUUGGGCCUCCUCACUUGGGCUAUAAUCCGUUUAUAAGUCUCUCCCAGCCCAUUGUCGUCAAGCGUUUCGACUGUUUUCCGCUGCCUCCUCUUUAAACCCUAGCCUUUUCUUUUCAGUCACUAAUCUCUCCCCUCUUUGGUUCCUAUUUGCUCUUGAAUUUCUUCAAUUUGAUCGAAGAUGAGUCGGCCAAUGGAAGAGGAUGCCCCUGUGAAAAAUGAGGAAGAGGAGUUCAACACUGGCCCACUUUCUGUCCUGAUGAUGAGUGUUAAGAAUAACACUCAGGUGCUCAUCAACUGUAGGAACAACAGGAAACUUCUCGGCCGUGUGAGGGCGUUCGAUCGUCACUGCAACAUGGUGCUUGAAAAUGUUAGGGAAAUGUGGACUGAGGUUCCCAAGACUGGAAAAGGAAAAAAGAAGGGUCAACCUGUUAACAAAGAUAGGUUUAUUAGCAAGAUGUUCCUUCGUGGAGAUUCUGUGAUCAUUGUCCUCCGAAAUCCCAAGUAGAGGUGAACCGGGUAUGAGUGAUUUGGAGUAAAACUUGUGAAGCAGCUAGGAGUUGGACGAACUUGUAUGACUUUUCGUAUUGGUAGAAACAUGGACUUGAUUACUAGAGAGGGUGCUGUAAGACUUGAAAUAGGAUUUUGCUGUUCUGCUACGUACUGUUAUCUAUUUCAGGGACCUUGUAAACAAUGGAUUUUAAAGUGGUUUUUUUGUAGUUUGUGUUAUGAUCAAGCUAAUGUGUAGGAUACCUUACCUUUCA